GGGUCCCGGGCCCCGCGGCGGCGGCGGCGGCGGCAGCAGGAUGAUCAAGCUGUUCUCGCUGAAGCAGCAGAAGAAGGAGGAGGAGUCGGCGGGCGGCACCAAGGGCAGCAGCAAGAAAGCGUCGGCGGCGCAGCUGCGGAUCCAGAAGGACAUAAACGAGCUGAACUUGCCCAAGACCUGUGACAUCAGCUUCUCAGACCCCGACGACCUCCUCAACUUCAAGCUGGUGAUCUGUCCUGAUGAGGGCUUCUACAAGAGUGGGAAGUUUGUGUUCAGUUUUAAGGUGGGCCAGGGUUACCCGCAUGACCCCCCCAAGGUGAAGUGUGAGACGAUGGUCUAUCAUCCCAACAUUGACCUCGAGGGCAACGUCUGCCUCAACAUCCUCAGAGAGGACUGGAAGCCAGUCCUUACGAUAAACUCCAUAAUUUAUGGCCUGCAGUAUCUCUUCUUGGAGCCCAACCCCGAAGACCCACUCAACAAGGAAGCUGCUGAGGUCCUGCAGAACAACCGCCGACUGUUCGAGCAGAACGUGCAGCGCUCCAUGCGAGGUGGCUACAUCGGCUCCACCUACUUUGAGCGCUGCCUGAAAUAGGGUGGGCGCACACCCACCCCUGCCAGGGCCACCCGCCCCGGCGUCCCCUGCAAAUAUUUAUUGGGGGCCACAGGUGGGGGGAUGGGGGCCGCAGGUGGGGUAAUUCCAUGCCCUAGCCUUGCCUCCCCUUCCUGUCACCGGCUCCUAGUUAUUUUUUUUUUAACCACCACGUGAUUACGGUCGGAGCUGCCUCCUCCCGACCCGCUCAGCGAUGGGAAAUGAAUUGGCUUGUCUAGCCCCCUGCUGGGUGCCAUACAGCCUCCCACUCUGGGCUCUGGGGUGGGUGGCCAAGGGGACUGGGUGGCUGGGGGCCCGCCACCCCAUUCCUCCACCACUGGAGGUCCCACCAGGCUAUUAAAGGGGAAUGUUACUGCA